CGUAUCUUGAGGGGGAGUUCCUCUCCCUUUCCCCCCUCUCUCUCUCUCUCUCUCUCCCUCUCCCUUUUUCUCUCCCUCUCCCUUUUUCUCUCUCGCUCCCUUUCUCUCCCUCUCUGUCUUCAGUCUAAGGAUGUGUGAAUCCACUGGUCGGAUGUUCCACAAAAGCACCAUCCAGUCCAUCGGAGCCAUUCGUGAGGAGGAUUUGAGUCACAGCUUUGAGAGCUUACUUGCAAAAUGGCAUCCACAGUAGAUAAGCAGUGAUCUGGACCAGAGCCACAGCAGGGAUGGAUGAAUCUUCCUACCAAGAGGAGAUGAUGCUGGGUAACUCCACCUGGGCUUACUCCUACUAUCCCCAGAAUAACACCCAGUUUCCUCCACUGCUACCAGAUAAGACCAGCACUUCUAAACCUCCAGCAUGCGAGCAGGUCCACAUCGCUAUAGAGGUCUUUCUGAUCCUGGGAAUCAUCUCUCUGCUGGAAAACAUCCUGGUCAUUACAGCUAUAAUAAAGAACAAGAACCUCCACUCACCCAUGUACUUCUUCGUCUGCAGUCUGGCGGUAGCGGACAUGCUGGUGAGUGUGUCCAAUGCCUGGGAGACCAUCAUAAUUUACCUGCUCAAUAACAGACAGCUAGUGGUGGAGGACCACUUCAUCAGGCAGAUGGACAAUGUGUUCGACUCCAUGAUCUGCAUCUCUGUCGUUGCUUCGAUGUGUAGCCUGCUGGCCAUCGCUGUGGACAGGUACGUCACCAUCUUCUAUGCACUGAGGUAUCACAACAUCAUGACAGUAAAGAGAGCCGGCUGCAUCAUCGGGGCAAUCUGGACCUUCUGCACUGGCUGUGGGAUCGUCUUCAUCAUCUAUUCAGACACCACGCCUGUCAUCAUCUGCCUCGUCUCUAUGUUCUUCGCCAUGCUGCUCAUCAUGGCCUCCCUCUACAGCCACAUGUUCAUGCUGGCACGCUCUCACGUCAAGCGCAUUGCUGCCCUGCCCGGCUACAACUCCAUCCACCAACGGGCCAGUAUGAAGGGGGCCAUCACACUGACCAUCCUGCUGGGGAUAUUUAUCGUCUGCUGGGCGCCCUUCUUCCUCCACCUGAUCCUGAUGAUCUCCUGUCCGCGGAACCUCUACUGCGUGUGCUUCAUGUCCCACUUCAACAUGUACCUCAUCCUCAUCAUGUGCAACUCUGUGAUUGACCCACUGAUCUAUGCCUUCAGGAGCCAGGAGAUGAGGAAGACUUUUAAGGAGAUCAUCUGUUGUUACAACCUUAGAAACGCCUGCACCAACAUCUGCAUAGGAUUUGAGGAGACUGACACUUAAGGUGAAACGAGAUUGCAUAUGAUUCACGAGAGAAAAGGCUGAUGGAGGAGGAGGGAGGAAUGGAUGGUUAGACAGCCAGCAAGUCAGAGAAAAGCUGUCCAAAUGACUGUGUAAAAGAAAAGCCAGGAUGCACAGAAACAUUCAGUUUCGCAGAAAUGUGACACAGACACAAAGAAAUCUAAAUAAUGAAGACUGUCCUUGUCACCCACAGCUGCUCAGUGGCAGUACAGGUACAAUACUAUGUAUUGUUGAUUACAAAGCGUAAAUGUAUGCAACCCCAUGAAUGUAAAGCAGUUU